UCUAUGACAUGAAAAGAGUGGGUGAGCAGACAAGCGAAUAGGCUUCGGAAAAAUCCCAUCUUUAAUUCCUUUGCCCUUUCCCCUCUUUGAUUAGAAAAAAAAAAAUCCCAUCUUUAAAUUCUGGGUAUAAUUCAUUGAAAGAUUAUCAAACUGGGUUUUCCCACGUCCAAUCGGUAGCAACAAGAAUGGCUUCGAAGGAGGGAGUGGGUGAAGCCGAAGAGUUCGUGUACAGAAUCAGCACGGCUAAGGAGUGGGAAGAGUUUGAAAAGACUGGGUCAAUCUUCGGUGGAGAACUUGACAAAUCUUCUGGAUUCAUCCAUCUCAGCAGUCUUCAUCAGAGCCAAGUUCCAGUGGGAGUGAUGACAGGAGAAAGAGGAAAGGCAACAAGAAUUGAAAAGUUUGACGGCACAGAUUUCUGGCAUUGGAAGAUACAGAUAGAAGAUUAUCUGUAUGGGAUGAAACUACAUUUGCCUCUUUUGGGGGAGAAACCAGACAAUAUGAAAGAUGACGAAUGGGCUCUGCUUGAUAGACGGGUGCUGGGAGUUGUUCGAUUAACACUGUCAAGAACAAUUGCGCACAACAUUAUGAAGGAGAAGACGACAUCGGGUCUAAUGGCAGCUUUGUCCGGUAUGUACGAAAAGCCGUCUGCUAACAAUAAGAUGCAUUUAAUGAAAAAGUUGUUUAAUCUAAAGAUGGCGGAAGGUACUCCAGUAGCGCAACAUUUGAAUGAGUUCAAUACAAUCACAAAUCAAUUGUCCUCUAUGGAGAUUAACUUUGAUGAUGAGAUCCGUGCGCUAAUCGUUUUGGCCUCUUUGCCAAAUAGUUGGGAGGCCAUGAGAAUGGUCGUUUGCAAUUCUGCAGGGAAGAGUAAACUCAAAUAUGAAGCUAUCCGAGAUUUGAUUUUAAACGAGGAGGUUCGUAGAAGAGAUACAGGUGAAACCUUAAGUUCUGGUUUUGCCUUAAACCUCGAGACAAGUGGUAGAGGACAAGAAAAAAACUCUAGUUGGAGCAGAUCAAAGUCAAGAAAAGGAAAAAGCAAAUCGAGAUCUAGAGAACAAACAGAAUGUUGGAACUGUGGCAAGACCGGCCACUUUAGGAGGAAUUGCAUGGAACCGAAAAAAGAAGAGUGAGACCGACUUUGUAGCUUUUAUAUAUCUGUAUAAUGGUCCUAUUUAGAACGAAGAUAUUUAUUUUGAAACUAUUGGGUUUGUUAUUUGAAAGGACAAAGAGAAAAGUGAAAGAAAAUUUAUUUAAUUACACUGUGGCUGGUUUAUUCCCAAUAAUCUGGGCGGUUAAUUGCUAUAUCAUUUAACUAGUGGAAUAUCAUUUAUCCCAAAAGCUUAAGCGGGUGGAAAAUAAUGAAUUUAAUCAUUUAAUUGGUGCAUUCUAUUUAAUUGAGGUAGGAGGUGAAUUAAGAAACAAAGACAUUGGUCAAACUCUGAUAUACCAUGUUAAAUUAUUGCUUAUCCUAAGAGCAUAAGUUGAAAAGUUAAACUUAAUAAUUUAAUUAAUAUUUUAAACACUUUAUAUUAAUGCAAUAUUUCUAUUUGAGGGUAAAACAGAU